UCCCCGCCUCUGGAGGCGUGCGCGCGCGCGCGUGGCGGCCGCGGCGGGAUGUUCGUGGCGCGCAGCAUCGCCGCGGAUCACCGCGACCUCAUCCACGAUGUCUCCUUCGACUUCCACGGGCGCCGCAUGGCCACCUGCUCCAGCGACCAGAGCGUCAAGGUCUGGGACAAAAGUGAAAAUGGAGAUUGGCAUUGCACUGCCAGCUGGAAGACACAUAGUGGAUCAGUGUGGCGUGUGACAUGGGCCCAUCCUGAAUUUGGGCAGGUCCUGGCUUCCUGCUCCUUUGAUAGAACAGCAGCUGUAUGGGAAGAAAUAGUGGGAGAGUCAAAUGAUAAACUCCGAGGUCAGAGUCACUGGGUCAAGAGGACCACUCUAGUAGACAGUAGAACAUCUGUUACAGAUGUGAAGUUCGCUCCCAAGCACAUGGGUCUUAUGUUAGCAACCUGUUCGGCAGAUGGAGUUGUAAGGAUCUAUGAAGCUCCAGAUGUGAUGAAUCUCAGCCAGUGGUCACUGCAGCAUGAAAUCUCAUGUAAGCUCAGCUGCAGUUGUAUUUCUUGGAAUCCUUCAAGCUCUCGAGCACAUUCUCCAAUGAUCGCUGUAGGAAGUGAUGACAACAGUCCAAAUAUACUGGCUAAGGUUCAAAUUUAUGAAUAUAAUGAAAAUACCAGGAAAUAUGCAAAAGCAGAAGCUCUGAUGACAGUCACCGAUCCUGUACAUGAUAUUGCGUUUGCUCCAAAUCUGGGAAGAUCCUUCCACAUCUUGGCUGUAGCAACCAAAGACGUACGAAUUUUCACACUAAAACCUCUAAGGAAAGAAUUGACUUCAUCAGGAGGAUUAACAAAAUUUGAAAUUCAUAUUGUGGCACAGUUUGAUAACCACAACUCCCAGGUGUGGCGAGUGAGCUGGAAUAUUACAGGCACAGUGCUUGCCUCCUCUGGUGAUGAUGGCUGUGUUAGGCUCUGGAAGGCUAAUUACAUGGACAACUGGAAGUGUACUGGUAUACUGAAAGGUAAUGGGAGUCCGGUGAAUGGUAGUUCUCAGCAGGGAAUUUUUAAUGCCUCUCUAGGUUCAGCCAAUACAAGUCUGCAGAAUUCACUAAAUGGAUCAUCUGCCGGCAGUGCAGUGUCAUUUAUUGCAUGAGUACUUCUAUAAGCUCCUCUGGUUUUGCUCUGUGGUUCGUCUGUUAUGCAAGUGUUAAGAGGAAAAUGAACAAAACAGUAAGUCAUACUGUCUGUAUAAAUAAGCAAUGUAAAUAAUUAUUUUCAUUUUUACUCCUUUCAUAUUAUUAAAAACAACAUUUCUGAAAUAGUUUCAAAGGAGAAGCUUCAUCCUAGUGGCGUGUAACUGCCCUUUUGAUUUAGAUACAUGUUUAAAAGUGAAGCAAAAAUGCCAGCAAUAAAUUUUGUUUUUCUCUGGGAUAAUAUAGCAAAAAGGAAGGAAGAAAAGUUACUUCAUAACAGUUUCAAUAGUCAAAUGUUAGUGUUAGUUUACUUGGUUUUUGCAGGUGUGUAGCAUCAAUUGAAUAAAAGUUUUGUGGGUUUUAAAUUUUCCUCAUAUGGUAUUCAUAUUGCAAAUAAUUUGCCUCAAUGUCCGUUAGGUUUUUAUUCUGUAAUAGUUGCUUUUUAGUGGGUAAAUUUUACUGCCUCUUCUGAAAAAACAUUUACAUUUGUGCACACUGAAAUGUAGAAAUAUGCUGAGUCUUGCACAUAUAUGGUGCUUUGUGUAUAAUCAGUUUUACAGAAUUGUAAGUCCUAUCUAAGGAUGAGAUGUGGCCAGAUUCUACAGCAGUUUCCAAGUUUUGUGGCCACCUUUCUUUGAAAUGCCUUGGGAUACUUUCCCUCCAUGUGCAGCUACUCAUGUGGGGUUUUUUCAGUUUGGAAAGCUUAUUGGCAAAAUUUGCUUUUGGAGAGUAGCACCAGCCUGCCCCCUCUUGCCCUUUCAGCAGUCAAUCCUGAGUGGCAAUUCAAGAUCCCUUGCCUUGUUGAAUAGAGAACAGGUUUCACAUUUUCCUCACGAGAUAAAUGUGAACACCAGAGGUGGGAAUGGGCCCGUUCCCUACAAGAAAGGGCAGCAAAAGGAUGUCGAUCAUGGUUCCAGGUUCUACUUGCAGUGUAGCAAAUGAAAUGCAGCCCUGACUUGGAAAUGGUUUAUCCAGAGCCGUGUAGCUGUAUAUGCUUGGGGUGCUGUGGGGAAAUGCAGGCUGACUUACAGCUCUUUAGCAUAGGGUGUGGUUUCACAAUGUCCUUAUCUCAGACUGUGCUGCCACCAAGACUAACUAUCCCCACCCCUCUGGUGGCUCCUCUCCUGUCCCUAAACUUGGUGCUAAGCCAUUGUGCAACUGAAACUUCUAGCGUUAUUUCUAUUCCCUUCAUUGCUCUGUAUUUUGGAAGGUGUUUUGUUUUGACUUUCAAUAAAUUAUUCUUGCCUCCGAUUUGUAAGACAAUGUUACUUCCAGAAUUAAGUCAGGGGCUGUGGAAUUUCGGAACAUACGAUGUCUUGUCCUAGGAUUGAGCCUUAUAUUAAAAGAUACACACUUUACUAUGUGCUUUCUUCAGUAGUGAUACUGGCUUGAGUUGUGUAAGCACAGUCACUAACUUGUGUUAGUGUCAACAUGCUGAUAAAGAUUUAUGCAUUGACAUUUGACUAAAUAGGUAUCUUACACAUAACGUAUUUUGCCUCUGACUGUACAUGCUGUGUUUCAUGUCUAUGUGUUUAAACACUUAAAACAGCUAUAGCACAGGCAGAUCUGGAAAAGGCUGUAGAAGCACUAUGGCCAAACUGGAUUUGUACUUGAAAUAAAUAUCAGAACAUGUGAUGUAGAUUGUUAGGAAAUAAACCACUAGGGCUGUAUUAUUAUGUUGAUAUAAUUGUGUGUCUAGAUUUAUGAUACAAUUUCCAUUCUCCAUUUGUAUUAUGUCCUUU